UUUUCUAAAGAAAUAUUAAAAGAAAUGCAAUACAAUUGAAAAAAAUGCUAAGUAUUUUAAGGUACAUUUUGUUAUGAAAAAUGUGAAAUAGAAUAAACUUUAAAAAAUUAUUAUAAAAUACAUUUAGGUAUUUUCUGAACAGAAUUUGUGGGCCUUGUCUUUUGUGAAAUGUAUAUAUUGCUGGGAGUCCCACUGGGCCUCUUUAUAUUUCCUGUAGUGAAAAAUCCUACCCUCAUAUACAUAAUAUACGCUGUCCUGCAGCUAUUGUAAAAACCCUUUUGGGGCCCCAUACGGGAUUAUACACCAUACUUUCCAAAGUCAAAAGAGCCCAGAAGCUGGAAAUCUUCUUUAGUGAAAAGAGCCCACCCUCAUGAUACUGUGGUAGCUACAUAGCUUGGGGCCUGACAUGUGACCUCAAUACACUGCCAAUUUGCACACAGUAUUUUCCCUGAUAAUAAAUACUUAUUCUGUCUUCAGAUGGUCCAUCACUCCUCUUAUGUACCCGGCUUCAUUCCUCUUCAAAAUCCCCAGCACAGCUUACGUGGUGCUCACUAGUGUUAAUAUUCUCAUUGGGAUCAAUGGCAGCGUGUCCACUUUUGUCAUGGAGUUAUUUGGAAAUAAUGAGAUUGGUGGAAUUAAUGACAUCCUGAAGAACGUUUUGCUCAUCUUCCCACAUUUCUGCCUGGGUCGAGGUCUCAUUGACAUGGUGAAGAAUCAGGCCAUGGCUGAUGCUCUGGAGAGAUUUGGUGAGAACCGUUUCCGUUCUCCAUUGGAGUGGGACAUGGUGGGCAAGAAUCUUUUUGCUAUGGCUGUGGAAGGAGUGGUUUUCUUCAUCAUCACUGUCCUCAUCCAGUACCGUUUCUUCUUUGAACCCAAGUCUUUAAGUGCCAAGUUGAGUCCGAUCGGAGAGGAGGAUGAAGAUGUGGCCAGAGAGAGGCAGAGGAUCAUGAAUGGAGCUGGACAGGGAGACAUUCUUGAACUCAGACAGCUCACUAAGGUUUACAAGCGGAAACAGAAGCCUGCCGUCGAUCGUCUGUGUGUUGGCAUUCCUCCAGGAGAGUGUUUUGGUCUGCUUGGUGUCAACGGAGCCGGAAAGACAAGUACUUUUAAAAUGCUGACUGGAGACUCUGUGGUGACCAAAGGAGAAGCUUUCCUAGCUGGGAAAAGUAUACUCAGAGAAAUAGAUGAAGUACAUCAGAACAUGGGCUACUGCCCUCAGUUUGAUGCCAUCAAUGAUCUUCUGACAGGACGGGAACACCUGGAGUUCUAUGCCAUCCUGCGUGGUGUACCCGAGAAGGAAGUUUGUGAGGUUGCAGAGUGGGGAAUCCGUAAACUGGGGCUCGUGAAGUACGUGGACAAGAAUGCAGGAAGCUACAGCGGCGGCAACAUGCGCAAACUCUCCACCGCCAUAUCACUCAUUGGAGCCCCACCAGUGGUCUUCCUGGACGAGCCCACCACUGGAAUGGACCCCAAAGCACGCCGAGCACUGUGGAACUGUAUCCACAGCGUCAUCAAAGAGGGACGCUCGGUCGUACUUACCUCACACAGUAUGGAGGAAUGUGAAGCGCUGUGCACCAGGAUGGCCAUCAUGGUGAACGGCAGGUUCCGCUGUCUGGGUAGCGUCCAGCACCUGAAGAACAGAUUUGGUGAUGGGUACACCAUCAUUCUGAGGGUUGCAGGGCCUGAUCCUGACCUGCAGCCAGUGAUGAAGUUCAUUGAGAGCGAACUACCAGGAAGCACCCUGAAGGAAAAACACAGAAACAUGCUGCAAUACCAGCUCCCCUCCUCCCUCACCUCCCUCGCUCACAUCUUUAGCAUCCUCGCUAAGAACAAAGAGUUUCUCAGAAUAGAGGACUACUCUGUGUCCCAGACCACUCUGGACCAGGUAUUUGUUAACUUUGCCAAGGACCAAAGUGACGACCACUCAGACAGCUCCAUUCGUCGUAAAGACACUGCGGUCAACAUGGCCCUCCUGAGCCCUCUGUCUGUUAAAGAGAACAUGGAGAAGCCAAUUGAAAGUUUUGUGUGAGCCAGGUCUCCCUUUACACUACAUGCUAACUGGAGCCAGUGGAUUCCACAUAUUUAACAAUGUUUUUGUGGCCUUUGAGCUGCGGCCUGCCGUCAUGACCUCUGUCUGAAGAUAAACGUCUUCACCGGUCAGCGGAGAGGCAGGUGCUGCAGCCGAGACACUCGAUGCAAGUCAAUGCAAAAGAAAUCAAAAGGACUUCUCUCGUGUUUCUAGCAUGGCUGAAUCCGAACCAUGUUAGAGACAGUGUUAAAAACUUGAAGCCAUAAUUUCUGGUGUAGUCUGACUGCACGGGCUGUAUUUUGUGCAGUCGUCGAUAUAGAUCGAUUUUCAUUGUGCAAGAUAAUCGGCUCAAUGGAAAAAUGCCAAUGAUCAAUAAUUCAGGGUCAGUGUCUUUGUAUUUUAUUUUCUUAAGACUAGGAGACAGGAAAUCACAUGCUGAAGAAUCAGAAUCGUUUGCGUGGCCCAGGGCUGAACUGCAAAACUGAAAAUUGUACUACGUUAAAAUGAUUUUGUUCUUGAUGUGUCUUUUAUUUAUAAACAAGCAAUUGUUUUAGAUGUUUUAAAAAAGUCCGAAUGGGGGCAUUAUUUUAUAGGCUCUUCUAUCCAAGAGUGCCUCAUAUUAUCUUUAUACAUGCCUUUGCGCAUGGGCAAAACA